UGUUUAUAUGCUGUUGUUGAGCAGAUGGUUAGAGAGUGACGGUGGUGCAUAAAGCUACCAGUAAAUUGGAUUAAAAGGAAUUAGAAGAAAUGAGUGUUUAGCAAUUGCCAGUUCAUUGUCAGCUUCGGAAUGACAAACCAGCAGCUCACGUUAUCCUCUGUCUUUUUUGUAAUACAUUGAAUUUUAUUUUUCUUUACACAAUGGAUAUUUUUAGUGGACACAUCCUACUCAACAAGUAUGGUGAGAGAGUUGAUCCGGAAGAGGCCUUGCAGAACAAAAUUGUUGGCUUGUAUUUCUCAGCCAGAUGGUGCUCACCUUGCAGAGAUUUUACUCCUGUCCUGUGUGACUUUUACGCAGAGUUGGUGGAGGAAUCUGAUCCACCUGCUCAAUUCGAAAUAGUAUUUAUUUCGUCAGAUAAAAGUCCAGAAGACAUGGUGGAUUACAUACAUGAUAUGCACGGCGAUUGGCUGGCUUUGCCAUUUCAUGACCCAUACAAGCAUGAACUAAAGAACAAGUACAAGAUAACCGCCUUACCUAAACUGGUUAUAGUAAAGCAAAAUGGAGACGUAAUUACUGAUAAGGGAAGAAAACAGAUCAGAGACCGAGGUCUGAGCUGCUUCCGUACAUGGCUUGAAGUGGGCGAUGUUUUUCAGAACUUCACCGGCAAAUAGAAUUCAAAAUGCUGUCAUAUCUGGUUCUUAAAAGACCAUGGCAAGAAUUUAUCUAUGCAUAGACUUUUAGACUUAUUUAUUUAUUUUGUAUAAAGAAAACAUUAUAUAGUAAUACUGUUAAAUUCAGUUUUAUGACUUUUUAAGAUAUUUUUGUCACAAUGACUAAAUUAUCUCUCCAUCAUCCUUAAUAUUUUGUAAAAGUUUAGAAAUCACCCGAAAAAACAGUAAUACUGGUAGAAAACCUAGCUAUCAUUCAGUGGUGUAACUACAGUAGAUAUUACUGGGCCCCACAGUAAACUCAAUUUAGGGCCCUAAAAUAUUGGUAAGUUGACCAAGAUAUAUUGAAAUUGUUCAUUAAUUGUGGCCAUACUGGACCCUCUACACUCCUGCGCCCCCCAACUGCAAGGUUUGCUUCCUCUGUCGUUAUUUUAAGUAUUAUGAUCCCACUGGAUAAGGGAACUAGCACACCACCGAUAAAAAUCAUUGAUCAGGCAUGCAUAUAUUAUGGAUAUUUUAAAAUAACUGCAGGGCUUGCCCAGAAUCCAUAUCAAAACUAAACUUGCUAAAGAUAAGACAAAAAGGUUAUUUUUUUUUGACUUCUAGAUUUUUUUUCUAAUAUCUUUAACUACGUGAUUACAAAAAAUAAGGAUUGUACAAAACUGAAUAACAUCUAUUUUUAAUAUAUGUAAACUUACUCAUA